CUGAGCUGCGGCGGGCUCUUCCGGGUCUGAGGGGAGCGGCGUUCCGGCGAAAGCUUCCUGGUCCCCUAUUGUUGGUGUUGUUGCCCGCUGUGCCGCCGCCGCCAUGAACCGCUUGUUUGGCAAGUCGAAGCCCAAGGCGCCGCCCCCAAACCUGACGGACUGCAUUGGCACGGUGGACAGCAGAGCAGAAUCCAUUGACAAGAAAAUUUCUAGACUUGAUGCAGAACUGGUGAAGUAUAAAGAUCAAAUGAAGAAAAUGAGGGAGGGACCUGCAAAGAACAUGGUAAAGCAGAAAGCCCUGAGAGUGUUAAAACAGAAGAGGAUGUAUGAAAACCAGCGUGAUAACCUUGCCCAACAAUCUUUCAAUAUGGAACAAGCCAAUUAUACCAUCCAGUCUUUGAAAGAUACCAAAACGACGGUGGAUGCCAUGAAAGUGGGAGUGAAGGAAAUGAAAAAGGCUUACAAGCAAGUGAAAAUUGAUCAAAUUGAGGACCUCCAAGACCAGUUGGAAGAUAUGAUGGAAGAUGCUAGCGAAAUUCAGGAAGCACUGGGUCGCAGUUAUGGAACUCCAGAAAUAGAUGAAGAUGACUUAGAGGCUGAACUGGAGGCACUGGGUGAUGAACUUCUAGCUGAUGAAGAUAGCUCCUAUUUGGAUGAAGCGGCAUCCGUUCCAGCUAUUCCAGAAGGCAUGCCAGCUGAGGCAAAAAACAAAGAUGGUGUACUGGUGGAUGAAUUUGGACUCCCACAGAUCCCAGCAACAUAACUGCUCCCAUUCAUUGGGAAUGCCGUCUUAUAUCUUAGAUAUUUCUAAGCAAAAACAUUUUGAGAUUGUAGGAAUCCUUGUUUUCGGUGCGAUGGUUUGGAACAUGGAGUGAACAAUGAAUGUUAAUUUUCCUUCUUUGAAGAGAUUUUAUUACUAGCUUUUGUAUUAAAAAACAAGGAACUGACACUACUAUUUUCUGUGGGAUCCACUCAAAUAUUCUAAAAUAUUGCUGUUGUAGAUAUAUUGUAUGAAAAAAAUGUGGGAUUAUUUAUAGCUUUCUUUGACUUCAUGUUUCCCUGGAUAACAGAGGGCCAUAGUGGUGGUUUAUCUUAAAACAACAUUAUUAUGCCUGCUAUGAUCAUGAACAUUUUCUAAGAAUAUUUCCAUUUUUACUCCAUAACUUGCUUACCUUAAGUGUAACUGUAUAAACAAAUAUAUGCAAAAGAGAUUACCAUCUAGAAUUCAUUUUGACAUAAAUAGUAUGCUAUAUAAUGCA